AUGAGCUGUCUGAAAGGCCGCAUCGCAGAACUGCUCUGUUGGCCAGGGUGCUUUUUUCUUGCUGAUGAUGGUCAGCUCACAGAGACAAGCUCUGUAACUCAUGAUACACAUUCUUAUCUAUCUAUCUAUCUAUCUAUCUAUCUAUCUAUCUAUCUAUCUAUCUAUCUAUCUAUCUAUCUAAGACUGUUCAAUAUCUAUCUAUCUAUCUUAUAUAAACUUAUUUUUCUUGAAGUGAUUUUUUUUUCACAUUGUUAUUCUGAAAUUUAUAUUCUUUUUCAUUUCUUUCCCUCACCAUACGGUAGUUUCAACCGCGAUAGACAUCUGCCUCUUGGCCACCAUCCAUUGCAUCCUCCUCAAUUGUAUUUUUCUAUCUAUCUAUCUAUCUAUCUAUCUAUCUAUCUAUCUAUCUAUCUAUAUCGAUCUAUCUAUCUAUCUAUCUAUCUAUCUAUCUAUCUAUCUAUCUAUCUAUCUAUCUAUCUAUCUCCUAGUCAAAUCUUUUUCCCCUCUUCAUUUCAUUUGUCCUCCUCCUCUUCUUCUUCUUCCUCCUCCUCCUUUCUUCUUCUUCUUCCUCUUCUUCCUUUUUUUUUUCUUUUUUCUUCCUUAUUCCUCCUCUUCUUCUUCUUCUUCUUCUUCUUCAUCUCCAUUUUUUCCUCCUCUUCUUCUUCCUCCUCCUCCUCCUCUUCAUUUUUGCGAGUUUCUCCUUUUAUUCUACGUUGA